AUGUCUAUGUACGGUGGCCAUCGCGGGAUGGGCGCUGUCCCUCCCAGCAAUGGAGGUGGUCGUCUCAAUGAGCUCCUCGACCAGAUUCGCUCCGAGUUUGAAUCUCAGAUGCGCGCCAGUGAGAACUACGAGCAUCAGAUCCAGCAACAGGUCAACGAGAUGCAGCUCAUCCGCGAAAAGGUCUACACCAUGGAGCAGACGCACAUCAACGUGAAGCAGAAAUACGAGGAAGAGAUUGCCCUGCUUCGUCGCCAGCUCGGAGAACGUGGUGGUCCUCAAGGCCCCAUGUCGGGUCCGCCUCAGCACGGCGGCCCGCCACAGCCACCGAAUCUCGGGAUGGGAAAUAAUGUCUUCGCCGCUAUCAUGGCCGGCCAGGGAGGCCAGUCUGGCCUUGCACCACCGCCGCCGCAGGACCAGCAACCUCCGCCACACCAGCUGCAGCAGCAGCCACCUCCAGGCCUUCAGGGCCCUCCUCCUCCACCUCCACCAUCUCAGCCAUUUGGCCAGCAGCAAUACGGCCAGCCUCCUGCACCGGGUGGCUUCCCGUCGCAGCCUCCUCCCAGCACGGCUUCGCCUGGUCCGGUUAAGCGCCCCAUUGGCAGGCCGCCUGCGGGUGGUCCAGCCACUCCUCAGAUCAACACUCCAGUGCCAUAUCCUGGCCCGGGCCAGUCACCCCAGGUGGCGUCGCACCCUACGCCCGAUCACGCGCGCAUGCAGAUGGCUCCGGCCAACCACGGAAAUAACGCUCUGGGCGACGUGGACCUGGAGCGCCUGCCGGCACACUACAAAAAAACGCGGGAUGACUGGUUUGUGAUCUUCAACCAGCACGUGCCCCGUGUGCUGGACGUGGAUCUGGUGCACACGCUGCAGCACGAGAGCGUUGUAUGCUGCGUCCGCUUCAGCGCAGACGGCAAAUACGUGGCGACGGGCUGCAACCGCUCGGCACAGAUCUACGACGUGCAGACGGGCGAGAAGCUCUGCGUGCUCCAGGACGACUCGGUGGACAUCUCGGGCGACCUCUACAUUCGGAGCGUGUGCUUCAGUCCGGAUGGCAAGUACCUCGCCACGGGUGCAGAGGACAAGCUUAUCCGUGUCUGGGACAUCCAGUCGCGCACGAUCCGGAACACGUUUGCAGGCCAUGAACAGGACAUUUACUCGCUCGACUUUGCACGCGACGGCCGGACGAUUGCGUCUGGAAGCGGCGACAGGACGGUACGCCUUUGGGACAUUGAGACGGGCCAGAGCGUUCUCACUCUGACGAUUGAGGAUGGUGUGACGACGGUGGCCAUCUCUCCGGACACGAAGUAUGUUGCGGCCGGCUCGUUGGACAAGAGCGUGCGCGUGUGGGACAUCCAGCACGGCUAUCUGGUGGAGCGGCUGGAGGGCCCGGAUGGCCACAAAGACAGCGUCUAUAGCGUUGCAUUUUCACCGAACGGCAAGGACCUUGUCAGCGGCAGUCUGGACAAGACGAUCAAGAUGUGGGAGCUCGCGGCCCCACGGGGGAUUCCGAACCAGGGCCCUAAGGGUGGCCGCUGCGUGAAGACAUUCGAGGGACACCGGGACUUUGUGCUUUCCGUGGCGCUCACGCCCGAUGCCGCAUGGGUCAUGUCAGGCUCGAAGGACCGGGGCGUCCAGUUCUGGGAUCCGCGCACAGGCAACACGCAGCUCAUGCUGCAGGGCCACAAGAACUCUGUCAUCUCGGUGGCUCCCAGCCCGGCAGGCAGCUACUUUGCCACGGGUUCUGGCGACAUGCGCGCUCGCAUCUGGUCAUACAGCCGCUACCAUGCCUAG